GUGUGCGCGCGCGUUCUCUCUCUCCCUGGCCCCUUCGCGUGUGAGUGUGCACCAGUGGGGGAGGGGAGGCGAAUGAGGCGGCUCUGCCUUCCGCCGGUUCAUCUCCGUAUCCAUCCCCUCCGUGGUCCCUGCUCCACCCCGCCAGCCGCCUGCCGGCAUUAGCUUCCAGGGCCGCAGCGGUGGGGGAGCAAAGGGAAAAGGGUCGCGGCGGACUGGGUGGGGAAAGGUGAGGACCUGGCGGCGGCGGCGGCGGCGGCGGUGGCGGCAGCGAGAGAGACGGAGAGAGACACGCGGGGAGGCUGAGGCCCACAGGAGGAAGGAACAAGGAGCGGCGGCUGAAGGGAUUCCCGGCGUGGCCAUUGGAGCCUCCGGGGCGGAUUUGGAUCUGUGCGGCGUGAGGCGGCUGGGAUUUAACGCGGUGGUGGCGGCGUCGCGUCGCGCGGGGAGCGCGGAGGGGAUCGUGCCCGCGCCCCCUUCCCGCCUCGGCCGCCCGUGUGGCGAAUUGCCCCCAUCUGGACCAUGGCCGACGACGACGUGCUGUUCGAGGAUGUGUAUGAGCUCUGCGAGGUGAUCGGCAAAUUUUGAAAGGAUAACUACAUGGUGAGGAAAACGCCUUUGGAAAUGAUUUACCUGGGAGUAAGGGGUCCAUUCAGUGUUGUGCGGCGAUGUAUCAACAGAGAGACGGGGCAACAGUUUGCUGUGAAGAUUGUCGAUGUAGCAAAGUUCACCUCAAGUCCAGGAUUAAGUACAGAAGAUCUGAAAAGAGAAGCCAGUAUCUGUCACAUGUUGAAGCACCCUCAUAUUGUUGAACUUUUGGAGACCUACAGUUCCGAUGGAAUGCUAUAUAUGGUUUUUGAAUUUAUGGAUGGUGCAGACCUCUGCUUUGAAAUUGUAAAGAGAGCAGAUGCUGGCUUUGUGUACAGUGAAGCUGUAGCCAGUCAUUACAUGAGACAGAUACUGGAAGCACUACGCUAUUGUCAUGAUAAUAACAUAAUUCACAGAGAUGUGAAGCCGCACUGUGUGCUACUUGCCUCAAAGGAAAAUUCAGCACCUGUGAAACUUGGUGGUUUUGGUGUUGCUAUUCAGUUAGGAGAAUCGGGACUUGUUGCUGGAGGACGGGUAGGGACACCUCAUUUUAUGGCCCCAGAAGUAGUAAAAAGAGAACCAUAUGGAAAGCCUGUAGAUGUGUGGGGAUGUGGAGUGAUCCUUUUUAUUCUGCUCAGUGGUUGUUUGCCUUUUUAUGGAACAAAGGAAAGAUUAUUUGAAGGCAUUAUCAAAGGAAAAUACAAGAUGAAUCCAAGGCAAUGGAGCCAUAUCUCUGAAAGUGCCAAAGAUUUGGUACGACGUAUGCUUAUGCUGGACCCAGCUGAAAGAAUAACUGUUUACGAGGCACUCAACCAUCCUUGGCUGAAGGAACGUGAUCGCUAUGCAUACAAGAUUCACCUUCCAGAAACUGUGGAACAGCUGAGGAAAUUCAAUGCAAGAAGGAAGUUAAAGGGUGCAGUACUAGCAGCAGUAUCAAGCCACAAAUUCAAUUCUUUCUACGGUGAUCCCCCUGAAGAACUGCCAGACUUCUCUGAAGACCCUACCUCCUCAGGACUUCUAGCUGCAGAAAGAGCAGUCUCACAAGUGCUGGACAGCCUUGAGGAAAUCCAUGCGCUUACAGAUUGCAGUGAAAAAGAUUUAGAUUUUCUACAUAGUGUUUUCCAGGAUCAGCAUCUUCAUACGUUACUAGAUCUCUAUGACAAAAUUAACACAAAAUCUUCACCGCAAAUCAGGAAUCCGCCAAGUGAUGCUGUACAGAGAGCCAAAGAGGUAUUGGAAGAAAUUUCAUGUUACCCUGAAAACAGUGAUGCAAAAGAACUGAAACGUAUUUUAACACAACCUCAUUUCAUGGCCUUGCUUCAAACUCAUGAUGUUGUGGCACAUGAAGUUUACAGUGAUGAAGCAUUACGAGUUACACCACCUCCCACCUCUCCAUAUUUAAAUGGAGAUUCUCCAGAGAGCGCCAAUGGAGACAUGGACAUGGAGAAUGUAACAAGAGUGCGAUUGGUUCAGUUCCAGAAAAACACAGAUGAACCAAUGGGAAUCACUUUAAAAAUGAAUGAACUGAACCACUGCAUUGUAGCAAGAAUUAUGCAUGGAGGAAUGAUUCAUAGACAAGGUACGCUUCAUGUGGGUGAUGAAAUUCGGGAAAUAAAUGGAAUCAGUGUAGCAAAUCAAACGGUGGAACAGCUGCAAAAAAUGCUUAGGGAAAUGCGAGGUAGUAUCACCUUCAAGAUUGUGCCAAGUUAUCGCACCCAGUCUUCUUCAUGUGAGCAAACAAACUGGGAGAAAUACUAUAGAGAUUCCCCCUCUACAUCCAGACAGUCCCCAGCUAAUGGCCAUAGCAGCAUUAACAAUUCUGUUUCGGACUUGCCAUCAACAACACAACCAAAAGGACGACAGAUAUAUGUAAGAGCACAAUUUGAAUAUGACCCAGCAAAGGAUGACCUCAUUCCCUGCAAAGAAGCUGGUAUCAGAUUUAGAGUUGGUGAUAUUAUCCAGAUUAUUAGCAAAGAUGAUCACAAUUGGUGGCAGGGUAAACUGGAGAAUUCAAAAAAUGGAACUGCAGGCCUCAUUCCUUCUCCUGAGCUUCAGGAAUGGCGAGUGGCUUGUAUUGCUAUGGAGAAGACUAAACAAGAGCAGCAGGCAAGCUGUACUUGGUUUGGAAAGAAAAAGAAGCAAUACAAAGACAAAUACUUAGCAAAGCACAAUGCAGUGUUUGAUCAAUUAGAUCUUGUCACGUAUGAAGAAGUAGUAAAAUUGCCAGCAUUCAAAAGGAAAACACUAGUCUUACUAGGAGCACAUGGUGUUGGGAGACGACAUAUAAAAAAUACACUAAUCACAAAACAUCCAGACAGAUUUGCAUACCCUAUUCCACAUACAACCAGACCACCAAAGAAAGAUGAAGAGAAUGGAAAGAAUUAUUACUUCGUAUCACAUGACCAAAUGAUGCAGGACAUUUCAAACAACGAAUAUUUGGAAUAUGGUAGCCAUGAAGAUGCAAUGUACGGGACAAAACUGGAAACAAUACGGAAGAUCCACGAACAGGGAUUAAUUGCAAUACUUGACGUAGAACCUCAGGCCCUGAAGGUCCUGAGGACUGCAGAGUUUGCUCCUUUUGUUGUUUUUAUCGCUGCACCUACAAUUACCCCAGGCAUUAACGAGGAUGAAUCUCUUCAGCGUUUGCAAAAGGAAUCUGAAAUCUUACAGAGAACAUAUGCACACUACUUUGAUCUUACAAUUAUCAACAAUGAAAUUGAUGAAACAAUCAGGCAUCUGGAGGAAGCCAUUGAGCUUGUUUGUACAGCCUCGCAAUGGGUUCCCGUCUCCUGGGUGUAUUAAUCUUAUCACCGGAAGAAUUUUAUCAUUACUGGGAACCACCUCAUACAUGGAAGAACCUCUUUGUUAUUGACCUUGUGUCAACAGGUCUUGGCCCCUAGAGACUACCUAGAUGUAGUGUGACCUAAAUUUAUAAUUAUCGUCAUGUCCUUAUAGAUAGGAGGAGAAAAUGCUAAUUUAAAGAGACAGUAUCUUUUUUAAUCAGUUCUCCUAAACUUUAUUAAAAUGUAUCUUUAAAUAUAUGUAUUAUUCAAUCCUUUGGAAUGUUAUAUUUUUGGAAAUCAUAGCUUUUAAUUUCAAAGGCCCCUAAAACUGCACAAAAUAGAUGCUGCUUUCUAUAAUCUAUUUUAAUAAUAAUAUGAUCUGUUACUUAACUUGGGGUUGGAACACUACAUUCUUUUUAGAGUCUGAUUUUGUGAAUUGGAAUACCUUGCUUUCCUUUAUUUAUUUGAAAUUAUUAGCCCAAUCAUAACAAGAUCAAUUCUUAAAUUCUAAUGGCCUUCCUUUGCUUUUUUAUUUGUAGAAUAGUAUUUUGAAGUACUUUCAUGUAAUAUCCAAAUAAUGUGAUACUGUCUCUUUGAAGAACUCUGUAAAACUUAUAGAGAUUUGAAGUUGGGUCUUGACUCUUAAUGCAUGUGGACAGUCGCAAGCGUUCAUGCUGUUGGUGUAUCUGUGUUGAAAAAAAACUGUAAUCUACAGCAAAGUACAUUCCGUUCAUGGGGGGAAGUACCCAAGGGAAUAAAAUUAAGUACUAUGACUAAGUUGUAAAACCUAUGCACAUCCCUUGCAUUUUGGGCAACUUUAUAAACAAAAAUCCUAAUUUUUAUUAAUAAUCAUGUAGUGAAAUGUGUUUGUAAUUUUGUCUCAAUUUAAUUUGUUGUAAAGGUGGGAGGGGGAAAAAUUUACUGGUUUCACCAUUUCAGAUCUGUGUUGUCUGAGAGUAUUAACGUUUUAAUUACGUUUAAGCAAAGAAAUGCUGAUUUUUAAUAUGUAUGUAAUUGUUUUGAAAAUGCACACAUUUUAAGAGAAAAUACUGUGCAAUGAAGAAACCAGUUUAGGCAUUGCGAUGAACUAACAAUUCCAAAAGACUCAUCUGCCGCAGCCCUGUAAAUUCCUUUCAACGGUAAAUGACUCUACAUUCUGACCAAUUUUUUAUUUUAAAUAUACUUCCUUUUAUGUGUUCAACAA